UCACAACAACUUGUUGAUCUCUUAAUGAUCAGUCUCAUCUUUAACCAGAUUAUUAAGUUGUCUGCAACAACAUCUAUCAUAAAUUCACACAUUCAAGAGAUGGAGAAGCUAGUUUCAAGAUGGUGCAAAAACAAACCUUUGCCUGAAUCUUAUAUCUUCCCACCAGAAACAAGACCCGGCAAUCUCGUUGUUCCUACCUGCAAUACCAUUCCAGUCAUCGAUCUCAGUAAGGCUGAGGGUCAAAAUCGAACCCAUAUUGUUCAACAGAUUUUGAAGGCAGGCCAAGAUUAUGGAUUUUUCCAGGUGGUUAACUAUGGAGUUCCUGAAAGUCUGAUGAAUGAAAGCAUGGAUGUGUUCAAGGAGUUCUUUGAGAUGCCUUGGGAGGACAAAGCCAUGCUCUAUUCCGAGGAUCCCAAAAAUAGUUGCAGGCUUUCCACAAGCAGUGUAAACUAUGCUCGGGAAAAGAUUCACCAUUGGCGUGAUAAUUUGCGUCACCCUUGUCAUCCUUUACAAGAUUGCAUCAAACAUUGGCCUCAAAAGCCAAUUCGAUACAGGGAAGUUGUGGCUACAUAUACGAUUGAAGCAAAGAAAUUGGGAUUAAGGAUCCUGGAGUUAGUGUCAGAAGGGUUGGGGCUAGAAUCUAGAUUCUUUGGGGAUAAAUUAAGUGAAUCUGAGAUACUAUCAAUCAACCAUUACCCACCCUGUCCAGAUCCGAGUUUGACUCUAGGAGUAGCUAAACAUUGCGACCCUAAUCUCUUAACCCUUCUCCACCAGGGAGAUGUAAGUGGGCUUCAAGUCUUCAACAAUGGGGAAUGGAUUGGCGUGGAGCCGCUGCACAAUGUUUUCGUGGUUAACAUUGGCAACCAGUUACAGAUUAUAAGUAACAACAAGCUGAAGAGCGUUGAACAUCGUGUUGUAACGAACUCGAGGGUUGCUAGAACUUCAGCUGGCUUCUUCAUUGGCCCUUCCGAGGAUAGCAUUAUAGAGCCAGAGAAAUCUCUAGUUGACGACGCUCCAUUCUAUAGAGCUUUUGAAUUCAAAGACUUCCUACUUCACUACUUCCCCAACUUGGAAGACAACGAAGUCGUUAUGGGGCAUUUUAAAUCGCAAGCUUAGUUAACACUACCUUUAUAUGUUUUUUUAUCUAUACACAGUGCAAAUAUGUCUCAAUUAUAAUAUGAUUUAAAAUAACAAAAUCUCGUAUCAUCAAGUACGAAUCUGAGCUUGCGUGGCUCAUCUCUAUCUCCCGAGGGUUUUCGGUUGCCGAUGAUGUCCCCCGCUUUAGGUGAGAGUUUUGCAGCAGCUACAAGUGGUGGAUGGAUGGUGGCGCCCAAAAGCCUCCAGAUGCCAGCUGCCGUUUGGUGGCUGUUCCAAGAUUGGUGUUGCUGGUGGCUUUCACUAUCUUCUAAGGUGGCUCCAAGGUGUCUCCUGGCUAGCGAUUGAUGAAUCUCGUGUUCUGUUGUUUUCUCCGUCUCUCUUGUAUGGAAGGUCUUCAGUGAAACGGAGGUCACUCAAUAACGGAGAUCAUACGCACUAAUGACGCGAAAGUGACUGGUGAUGAUUCCUCUUGGUUGUUGAGAAUCAUUGUCUUUGGUUUAUUGCCAUUGUCUGUAAUGUUAGUACUUCCAUUCUAUGAAAUGAAAUUUUAGUAUUGAUCAAAA